UAUGCUCAUUUCUUUUGCAGACAUGUGACAGCUACAGAAGUCCUUCAACUGAUGAAGUUGAGCAGACGUAUGUAACCGGUGGAAAAAGGUAGCCGGAUGUUGAUUAUACGACGAAGAAAAAAACACGCGCACACACACGCACACACAUACACUUCCAAGAGUACUGACAAAAUAAUAUAAUAUUAUAUAUAUAUACACAUAUAUAUAUAUAUAUACAUAUUUAUAUUUUCUUCAUAUAUAUAUAUAUACGUUCCUGUAUGUCACAAAAUAUCAAAAUUCCCAUAAAAUUUUGUUUUUUAAACGUGAAUAAUAAUAAUAAUAAUAAUAAUAAUAAUAAUAAUAAUAAUAAUAAUAAUUUGAAGCACCCGCUAACUUGGAUGUUUAGAAGUUGUAAGGUGUAAAAGAAACAAGGAAAACCAAGCGAUUCAACCUCCCAUAUAGGCCUGAGAACAAAGACAGUUUUUUAAAAUGUCUUACAUACCUAAUACACUUUUAGUGAAAGUUAAAAAAUCCCACGACCUGGGUCUCGGGUUCGCGGUUAACGAAAGACCUUCAAAACCCCAUGUGAUGAUUAGCGAGGUCUUUCUUAAUGGACCGGCCAAAGAAACUGGACAGAUCUACGUCGGUGACUCAAUUCUGCGAAUCAAUGAUACUGACGUUAGUGACAUGAAUUUCGACCAAGUGGCCGACAUUCUGAAGAACGUAGUCGUGGACGAAACCGUGACGUUAUUUUUGAAAGGUCCUGAAGGCAGCAUGACGCAUUUAGAGACCAUAUUUCUGGAUAAUGGAACCCCUCGUACCAUGCGAGUGACAAAACCGAUCCCUAAUGAAUCGUUUGUCAACAGAUUAAAGCGGACGUUCGGUCCAUCUGUUCCGUCGGCAGUGAACCCUAUUCGACGGUUUUAUCACAUGGACUCUGGAAAGACUAAGAAAAACAAUGCGUCCCCUAAAAAGGAACCGUUUUUUCCCAACGAUAAAACAUCGUCUCUGACGUCGUCGACGUCGUCCUCGUCAACGACCCCGAAAAGAAAGACACAGUCGUUUUCGGACGGCUCAGAUAUCAUUCGAAACGGUUCGCUCCCUGUAGAUUGUCCGGAUCGUUCGGACGUGAACUGCCAGACGCGCAAGAAUAUUGUCAACACUGCACCAAACCCCGCUAACGCCGUCAAAGAGACUGUCUUGGAAGAUAGUAGAAACGGGUCUCCAAAGAUCACUUUGACCGCUGUACAGAGUGUUCCUGGAGAUCCGAAUUCCACUAACUUACAGAACCAGAUAUCUGGAGAUCGCGGUAUCGGAGGCGGUGGUGGCGGUGGCGAUGGUGGCGGUGGUGUUAGAGGUGUCCGUAGCGACGGUUAUGGGGAUUAUGAUGUGAUAGUGAUCAAACAGGAACAAAACCAGAUCAAAGUGAUAAUGGCGAACGAAGACGGCGGCAGCGUGUCGGAAACGAUAAGGGACGACAAGAGCAACACGAACGCGGUGAUUGGGGACGAAAAGAAAACUGCCGCCGUGAACGACGUCGUCAACGGAACGCCAACUAAAAGCAGGUCUCGCAGCGGCAGCAGACACAACCUGUACUGCGAGAACACUGGUCGAGGGUCACCGGAACGCAGAGGGUCGAGCCCCGUGAAAUACUGCAAACUGAAGUGUUACCAAACUGAGAAAGUGACCACGGAUAUGUUGCACUUGAAAAGUGUUGAG